CAGCAUAUUGUCAUUGUAAAAUUGUUCGAAUUGUUCUCCUCUCUGUUGCGCCGCGCCGCGCCGCGCCCUCCCAUUCCAAACAGAAAGAGCGAGUGGGGUAUGUAAACGGACGGGCUUCCACCUCUUCCCUCUUAGGGUUUCCGCUUAGGCUCUCGAUGCGCGCCCCAACUCCCCAUCUCGCAGCGAUCACAGCCCCGAUCGCCGUCUCUUAGGGUUUCCUCUCACAGAUCCGAUCUCUCCGCUGGAUCGAUGGAGUUCACGGACGCCUACAAGCAAACGGGCCCUUGCUGCUUCUCCCCCAACUCCCGGUACCUCGCUGUUGCUGUCGAUUACCGCCUUGUCAUCCGCGAUGUCGUCUCUCUCAAGGUUAUACAACUCUAUUCAUGUGUUGACAAAAUAAGUUACAUUGAAUGGGCCCUGGACUCAGAAUACAUACUCUGCGGUCUCCACAAAAGACCAGUGGUACAAGCAUGGUCGUUAACACAACCAGAAUGGACCUGCAAAAUAGAUGAAGGCCCUGCUGGAAUCGCAUAUGCACGAUGGAGCCCUGACAGCCGUCACAUACUGACCACAUCAGAGUUUCAAGUGAGGUUGACUGUUUGGUCACUGCUUAACACUGCCUGUGUUCAUGUGCAGUGGCCAAAACAUGCUUCAAAAGGUGUUUCUUUUACUCAAGAUGGAAAGUUUGCUGCUGUAUGUACGAGGCGUGAUUGCAAAGAUUAUAUUAAUUUGCUUUCCUGUCAUACAUGGGAAAUUAUGGGCACAUUUGCUGUUGACACAAUAGAUUUAGCAGGCAUUGAAUGGUCCCCAGAUGACAGUUCCAUCGUGAUCUGGGACUCUCUUCUUGAAUAUAAGGUUCUGAUUUAUUCUCCAGAUGGGAGAUGCCUGUUCAAGUAUCAGGCAUAUGAGAGUGGUUUAGGGGUCAAAACUGUUGCCUGGUCCCCAUGUGGCCAGUUUUUAGCUGUCGGUAGUUUUGAUCAGAUAUUAAGGGCUCUCAACCACUUGACCUGGAAAACUUUUGCUGAAUUCACACAUGUAACAACCAUUCGCAGUCCUUGUAAUGCAGUUGUUUUCAAGGAAGUUGAUGAACCAUUGCAACUUGAUAUGUCUGAAUUAUAUCUGAGUGACAACUUUCUUCAUAAUAUUCAAGGCAACUGCCCUGUCUUUAUGUAUUUUCAGUUCCAGAAAGUGCUGCCGAGGGGAACACCAGAGUCAAGUACAAGGUUAUGGAUUUUCCUGUCAGUUUGCCAUUCCAAAAGCCAGCACCAGAUAAACCCAAUCCUAAACAAGGAAUCGGUCUAUUGUCAUGGAGCAACGACAGUCAAUAUGUUUUCACUCGCAAUGACAACAUGCCAACCAUUCUUUGGAUAUGGGAUAUUAGACGUCUUGAGCUUGCUACAGUAUUGGUGCAGAAAGAUCCAAUUCGAACGGCAGCCUGGGACCCUACUGGCCCCCGUCUUGUCUUGUGCACCGGCAGUUCCCAGUUGUACAUGUGGAGCCCCUCAGGAGCUUGUUGUGUCAAUAUUCCCCUGUCAAAUUUUGUUGUCUGCGAUAUGAAAUGGAAUUCAGAUGGAAGUUGUCUUCUCCUCAAGGACCGAGAGUCUUUCUGCUGCUCUGCAGUAGUCUCUGUACUGCCUGACACCAGUGAGGGCAGUUCAGAUGGGGAAGAUGUCUAUUAGUUCAAUACAGAAUGCCCUGUAACGAGAUGGAUGUGUUUAGGCAUUCGUUUUUCUGUUUCUUUCUCUGGUUUAAUUUCUUGUUUCCGUAGUGCCAAACUCUGAUAGUCAGAAGAAAGAUAUGUUCUGUUUCUCUGGAUUGUUUGUCCUGCACCAGUCAAUAUUUGAGGAUUGGAUGAACGUA